AAAAAAAAAAAGAAAAAAAUAACACGCCCUUGAUCGAAACAUUCUUCGGCGAAACGAUCAAAGAUAGGUCAAAAGUUCUCGCGAUCGAUCGAAAAUUUCUCUUGGCGAGCGAUCCCUCACUUUCUUACUUUUCGGAUCAGCUUAGAGAAGAGACGAAGAUCUGGAUCUGUUACGAGUAACGGAAUCGAUCUGGCCGACCAUUUAAGUGAUCCUGCCGUGAGUAAGCGGACCUACGUGUGUGUAAAUAAACGUGAUCGCGUGAGUUUUGAGAAGAAAUCGAAGUAAAAAUUAUUCCUCCGGUACAGUUUGUUCGUGUUGGAACAAAACACUGUGUUAACGUUUCAACUGAAAAACUAUGUACAUCUUCACGCUGAUAAUCGCUGGUAUUUUAAUGCUACAAUCGUACGUUGAUACUGAAUCAAAUGAGCAGAGCGACAUAGCGGAUAAUCAAAAGACAGGGGCCAAGCUAGCAUUACCAACCUUUCCAUCGUCACAAAUGGAAAUGUAUCAAGAUCGCAUCAAAUAUUAUAAUUUCCAAAUCGAUGGUACUUAUAGACCGUUUCAAAACAAAAAAUGCCCGUUAUGCGAUACCUCUGUCUUUCCGUAUUGCGGAGAAAAAUUACUACACGACGCGUGUUGCUGCACUGAUCCAUACACUCACGACUUACCUUAUCAAUGUAAAUUAGCGGAUUGCCGAUUUUUGCACGCGAACAGCUGCAGAGAACAUCGAUUGAUCGCGACCUGUUGCUGCAGUGACGAUUACCGAUCUUUAUUGAAGAGUUUCUCGAAUGUUUAACAGAUGUUGUCUGCCAAGCAGAUUUUACAUACUCUGUCUAUUUAUUUCAUUAUUGUAUAUUAUAAAAUAAUAAAAAAAGAAAGAACAAUAUUGUUAACUAUAAAAACGAAUGAAAUAUUAAUAUAUUAAUUCAUUAAUCGUUAUAAUUAUAAUUAAAAAUUCAUUGCGACAUUUUUAUCGAAAAGAAUUCGAAAAGAAUAUUUACUUUCCUCUGCAGUAAUUUUUAUUUUCCUACAAGAAAAAAAGGUUAGUUAACUGCGUAACUGACUCAACAAGUUAAACACUACGAGAUACAUUAUUAUAUAGUAUUUUACAAUUUUACAAUACAACAUUAUUUAACAAUAUUUAAAAUUUUAGAAAUUUCACAUUUGA